AUCAAUCGAUCAGAGAGCAGAAGAUGGCGGCGGAUCUAGUCUGAGCAGAGAGAUCGAUCACCGAAUCACUCGAUUGGACGGGAUCAACGAAGUGUAGAAAAAAUCGUCAAAAACACCACUAUAAAUGACAUUGGAAUAAAGAAGCUGACUGAGACCACUGUAUUACCCAUAAGCCACUGCGUCCCACUGUCUCCACAAUGGACUUCCCCUGGCACAGUGGCAAGGUUCUGGAGCAGCUGAACCACCAGCGGCAGCUGGGCCUGUUGUGUGACUGCACCUUUGUGGUGGACGGCAUCGACUUCAAGGCCCACAAGGCCGUGCUCGCUGCAUGCAGUGCCUACUUCCGCACGCUCUUUUUAGACCAGAAAGAUGUGGUACAUUUGGACAUCAGCAAUGCUGCAGGUCUGGGGCAGAUCCUGGAGUUCAUGUACACGGCCAAGCUGUGCCUGUGCCCGCAGAAUGUGGACGAUGUGCUGGCAGUGGCCACAUUUCUCCAGAUGCAGGAGAUUGUCAAUGCCUGUAAGGCCUACCGGUCCCUCGCUAAUGCCACAUCGGGCAAUGCCGGAUCAGCCGAUGCAGAGAAGAUGGUGGAGCGGUGCCCGAAAUGGGUGAGGGAGGCGUCAGAAGUGGGGUCCAAGGGGGAACAGACCCUGAGCAGGGCGUCGGAGCAGGAGGACACACGGGGUGUUCAGGAAGGCCCCCUAGCCUCGGGUGAUGGACCUGGCCCCCCUCCAGGAGCGGCUUCUGCCAGCGAGACUGGCCAACUGCCAAAAACAGCGCGCGAUGCGGCCAGCGAGCAGGCAGGCGACGGUCAGCCGGCUGCCCCGCCUAAGCCCACCCCCCCUGCCCGUCCCAGAAAAGCGGAAGCCCCAGCUAAAGGGCCAGAGGAGAAAGAGAAGGGACAGGCACCGGCGAAAGAAGUCCCAGAGUUUCAGGACGAUCCCAGUGACGUUGACUACUUGCCCAAAGUCUCACUCAAGUCCGCAGCAGGCAGUUCUCACGUAAGCACACGCAGGAGCAGGACCAAGUGCAUGGUGCAUCACGCUGUCUCACAAGAUGAAGACUCGGGCACGGAGAGCAGGCAGAAGGUUGACGGUGAUGAGGGCACCACUGCAGAUCUGGAGGAAGACGAGGGAGACGGAGGAGAGGAAGAGGGGAUGGAGGAGGAGGAGGAGGAGGAUGAUGAGGAGGGAGAGGAGCUGGAGGAGGGAGAGAUGAUGGAUGAGGAAGAGGAUGAGGAUGGCGCAGUGGAUGACAGCGGAGGAGAGGGGAAGCAGUCGCGGUCGGGGACGUUCACUGACCGCAGCGAGUCCCGAGCGUAUGGCUCCGUAACGCAUAAGUGCGAGGACUGCGGGAAGAAGUUCACUCACACGGGGAACUUUAAGAGACACAUCCGCAUACACACGGGAGAGAAGCCCUUCAGCUGCAGAGACUGUCACAAGGCCUUCUCCGACCCCGCCGCAUGCAAGGCUCACGAGAAGACCCACAGCCCAGUGAAGCCGUACAGCUGCGGAGCGUGCGGUAAGAGUUACCGCCAGAUCAGCCUCCUGAACCUUCACCGCAAGCGGCACACGGGGGAGGCGCGCUACAGCUGCGACGACUGCGGCAAGCUCUUCACCACGUCGGGCAACCUGAAGCGCCACCAGCUGGUGCACAGCGGGGAGAAGCCCUACCACUGCGACUACUGCGAACGCGCCUUCUCCGACCCCACCGCCAAGAUGCGCCAUCUGGAGACGCACGACACCGACAAGGGCCACAAGUGUCCGCACUGCGACAAGAGGUUCAACCAGAUAGGAAACCUGAAGGCUCACCUGAAGAUCCACAUCACAGACGGCCCUCUGAAGUGCAAAGAGUGUGGGAAACAGUUCACCACCUCGGGUAACCUAAAGAGACACCUGCGGGUGCACAGUGGGGAGAAGCCCUACGUCUGCAUGCACUGCCAGAGAGCUUUCGCUGACCCAGGGGCUCUGCAGAGACACGUCCGUAUUCAUACAGGGGAGAAGCCGUGCCUGUGUCUCCUGUGUGGAAAGGGCUUCACCCAGGCCAGCUCGCUCAUCGCUCACGUGCGACAGCACACCGGAGAGAAGCCCUACGUCUGCGAUCGCUGUGGCAAAAGGUUUGUGCAGUCCAGCCAGCUGGCCAAUCACAUACGUCACCAUGACAACAUCCGGCCACACAAGUGUCAUGUCUGCAACAAGGCUUUUGUUAAUGUUGGGGACCUCUCGAAGCAUAUCAUCAUUCACACAGGGGAGAAGCCCUUCCUUUGUGACAAGUGCGGCCGGGGAUUCAACCGCGUGGACAACCUGCGGUCGCACGUGAAGACCGUGCACCAGGGCAAGGCGGGCAUGAAGAGGCUGGUGGUGGCGGGCAGCGACAGUGACGGGGGCAGCGGGGCGGACAAACUGCGCCCCGCCUCCACGUCCGCGUCCGAGCUGGACGACAGCGAGGUCAACAUCGUCACCGUCACCACGGACGACAUCGUCACCCUGGCGACCGAGGCCCUGGCCGCCAGCGCGGUCGCUCAGCUCACAGUGGUGCCCGUGGCGGCGUCGGUGUCUGCAGACGAGACCGAGGCUCUGAAAGCAGAAAUAACAAAAGCAGUGGAGAAGGUGCAGGAAGCGGAUCCCAACACCCAGAUCCUGUAUGCAUGUGACUCGUGUGGGGAGAAGUUCCUGGAUGCCAGCUCCCUGGCCCAGCACGUGCGCAUCCACACAGCCCAGGCGCUGGUCAUGUUCCAGGCCGACACCGACUUCUACCAGCAGUACGCCGGAGAGGCCACCUGGCAGGGCACGGAGCAGGUCAUCCAGCAGGGGGAGCUCCUGUUCCGCACCCGCGAGGGUGGGGAGGAGGAGGAGGAGGCGCAGGCACAGGGGGUGGGGGACAGGGACGGGGACGAAGAGAUGGCCCCCCAGGCCGAGCCCCAGGCCGAGGCUGGGGAGGGCGCAGGGGCAGAACCGGUACCAGAGCCGAUGCAUGUGGAGUGUGACGGUCAAGCGGAGUGAAGUUUUAAAUGGAAGUUAGGAAAAUGUAUGUGAUGUUGAGUUAGUGUGGGGGGAGGGGGGUUGUUGCUGGAGGUUUAUGGGCUCUCAUUGGUGCUGAGGAGGGUGACGUGCAUGUCGUUGGGAUAUGGUUCAAAGGUCUGGCUACAUUUCAAAAUUUCAACCCAACCACACUCCCUUGUGGAGACUACAUGAAAAACACAUUAUACUCAUCUUCCAUCAGUUCAGUACCCUGUCGCCCAGAACCAGUGCUCAUUGUAGAAAAGCUUUUGUCAUAUACUCUAUAAAGGUGAGUCAUUCUGGCCCACAGGCAUAGAUGUGGCUAAUCUGUAUUAUUGUGUCUUUGAUGCCUUUUUUCCCCUGUUUAUCUUUAUCCUGUCUUAUUGCAGUUGUUGGCCAGAAUAGGAAAUACAUUAUUUUCUCUUUGCUUUUGUUUUUAUUUAAUUGCAGUUAUAUUUUGCAGGUGCUUGUAGGAAGAGUAAAUUAUUAUAAAGCCAAAAUGUAUCAGCACUAUUUUUCCCUUUAGGAAAAUUACUAUGUAAUUCUAAAAUAAUAUGUAUAAAAUGUACUGGCACUUAAAUGGGGGUUCUGCAGUUGAAUUUAUAUACAAGCCAUUAUUAAUUUAGUAAUAAUCAGAUCAGUUUAUCAUUUUAUCAGUAACUAAUUUGACGGUCUUUAGUGUGCAGUGCCUACACGGUACGGCACAGUAGCCUUCUUAACUCCCCAAGUUGUUGCAUUAAUUGUCUUAGCAUGGUGAGGCUUUGCCCCAUGCUGCAAAGCCUCAGGCCCAUGGGAAAGCAGAACAGCUGGAGAUUUAAUUUAAUUGUCCUUUCAGCUCUUAAUAGCUUUAUUUAAGUCACUAAGUCAUUAGGUCUCUUCCUGUUGCUCAUUAAACGGAUAGUAUGAAAGCUGUGUGAACCAGGCUUGCUUUAGUGAGCGUGAAUGUUUACUUCAUGCCCUCGUGUAGUGAUAGAAGAUUUUCUUUCCCUCAGAAGAUGACAUCAAAUGAAUACCUUAAACCCCAAUUAUAGUCGACACUGGUACUGCAUUUACAUGGGCUUCCGCUCGAGUAGUUUUGAGGUGCAUUUGGAAGUGUUUUCAAAUGCAUGCUCUGUUUCUUUUCUAACAAAGUAAAUUAAAAGAUGCAUCAUAAAGACAGUAGGAUUGAUAAUGAUUUCCUUUUGUAGAAAGCCACAUUUUCUUAAUUUUAGAGUCACAGUUUUGGAGAAAAUCUGAGUCAGGUAAAUGUGAUGCCUUUCAUAUUUCACCAAACAGAUAAUAGUUGACAUAUACCACAAGUACAAGGAUUUAAAGGGUUAGCUAGAAGCUCUUUCCUAAUUUCUAGAAGCUUUUUUCUAAUUUACGCCUUGCCCAUCAGUGAUCUCUGCACCACUAAAGCUUUUUACUUCCUCUGCUAUUAUAUUCUUUAUCCCAAAUGGAGCUCAACAUCUGCAUUUGGAGUUUCAUCUGAUGCAUUAUUUACGUAAGACAUUUUUCCAAUGAUGUAUUAGUGAAGGACACCAUCCUUCUGCGAUACCACAACUGUAUAGGCCCCUGUGACAUAAGAUAUACACUUGAGCAUGUUUACAAAAUCGGUGUAAUGUGCACAUGAGCUGAAGAAAUGUUUGUGAAAGACACAAUGAAACACUUUGGUUAAAUGUAUCAUUCACAAGAUAUUAUUUAAGAAAGUAUAGUCGAAAAUCAAUAUGGAGUUUACCCUUCUCCAUAGAAAUUAUUCUUGAUGUCCAAAAAUAAUGCACUAAAUAAAUUGCAAAUAAAUGAAUUACUCAUUUGUA